CCCGAAGCCAGGCCGCGUCCGCCAUAGUGCCCGGCUCGGAGGUGUAGCCCGCGCUGGGUGAGACGCCCGAAGAAAAAAAAGAAGAAAGAAAGGGAAAAAAAAAAAAAAAAGGCUGGGGGCGGGGGGGGGGGUUUGUUGAACGGAACCAAACCAAAAAAAAAAAAAAAGAAGAAAGAGGAAAAGGAAGCGGCCCAGCCAGCGCGCAGCCCUGGCCGUUGCCCCCCGGCGGUUUCCGGGCCUAAUCUCGCGAUUCUGGGCCGAGAGGCGACGGAAGCGAAAGGCGAGCGCGGCGCGGAGCACACGGCGAGAGGAAGCGUCGGGGAGCCGCGGCGGCAGCCCCCCGGGUCUCCCCUCGGCCCCUCCUCCCCACUCCCGAGACACCCGGCCGCCGGCGGGCCCCGGGGUGGCGAGGAGGCGCUGCGAGGCCUAGCCGAGGCCUAGUACCCGCCGGCUUGGGGCUUGGCCGCGGCGGCGGGGGGAGGCGGAGCCGGAGCGGGGCAGCGGCCUGCGGGAAGGCCUCUCGUCCGCCGGCCGCGCGUUGUCGCCUGUCCUCGCCUCGCCGGGGUGGUGCGUCCGCGGCGGGGGCCCGGGCCCCGGGGCAGGCGACGCCGCUCGUCCGGAAGCCAGGAGGAGGCGAGAGGCCGCUGGUUGGACUCGGGGCCUCGGGCCCUUCUCGCCACCUGCUCCCGGGGGGCCGCCAUCCUCCCUCCCCGUCCGCGGAAGGAGAGAGACCCACCGGGAGGCGGCCGCGCUAUGGACCCCUGACCCCGCGGGGUCCCUCGGACUCGCCGCACGUGUGGACUGGCCGCGGCGACUGACUGCACCGGCCGGCCCCUUAGCAUGAGCGCGGGGGACCCCGCCGGGUGACGCCGCGCCGCCGGGCCGAGCCUCCAUUGACGUCCCCGCAGACACCUCUCCCCGCCCCCCAUGCUGCCGGUUCUCGUCCGCCUUCCUCCCCCCAUGAAGUGCCUGUUCUGAGUUUUCCGUGGUGGGGGGGGCGGGUGGGUCCGGGGGUGGGGGACUGUCGUGUGGAUUUACUGCUUUUUGCAGUGGUGGGUUUUUUUGCUCAUUGCUUUUUUUUUGGUGUGUGUGUGUGUGUUUGAUUUUUUGGGUUUUUUUUUUUUUUUUUUUUGAACGGACCCACCCCCCCACCCGUGCCUACCUCCAGCUUUGUGGUUUGGCGGGGUUUUUGUUGUUGUGCGGGUGCAGGGGUGGUGGGUUUCUAUCCGAGGGAAGCUGAGGCCUCCGGUGUCUUCCGGCGUGAUUUUUUUUUCUUUUUUUUUUUUUUUAUUGUGUGUGUGUGUGUAUAUCUCUCCCCCCCCCCCUCUCUAUCGCUACAUGAUUUUUCCGCCCUUAAACGCGUUGAUAAAAUCAGACGUCUGUUGAGAGAGUGUCCACGUCUCCUCGCCGAACCUCGUAGGAAUCUGGGCACCAUGUCCUGUGUGCACUAUAAAUUUUCUUCCAAGCUCAACUAUGACACGGUCACUUUUGACGGGCUGCACAUCUCCCUGUGCGAUCUAAAGAAGCAGAUCAUGGGGAGAGAGAAGCUGAAGGCGGCCGACUGCGACCUGCAGAUCACCAACGCGCAGACGAAAGAAGAAUAUGUAGAUGAUAAUGCUCUCAUUCCUAAGAAUUCAUCUGUAAUUGUUAGAAGAAUCCCUAUUGGAGGUGUUAAGUCUACAAGCAAAACAUAUGUCAUAAGUCGAACUGAGCCAGUGAUGGGAACUUCAAAAUCAAUUGAUGACUCUUCUACAUCCAUAUCUCUGGCCCAGCUUACAAAGACUGCCAAUCUGGCUGAAGCCAAUGCUUCUGAAGAAGAUAAGAUUAAAGCAAUGAUGUCACAGUCUGGCCAUGAAUACGACCCGGUCAACUACAUGAAGAAACCCCUUGGCCCACCACCUCCAUCUUAUACCUGUUUCCGUUGUGGCAAACCUGGCCAUUAUAUUAAGAAUUGUCCAACAAAUGGGGAUAAGAACUUUGAAUCAGGUCCUAGGAUUAAAAAGAGCACUGGAAUCCCCAGAAGUUUUAUGAUGGAAGUGAAAGAUCCUAACAUGAAAGGUGCAAUGCUCACCAACACUGGGAAAUACGCAAUACCGACCAUAGACGCAGAAGCAUAUGCCAUAGGGAAGAAAGAAAAACCACCUUUCCUACCAGAAGAGCCGUCGUCGUCUUCAGAAGAAGAUGAUCCUAUCCCAGAUGAGUUGUUGUGUCUCAUCUGCAAAGACAUUAUGACUGACGCUGUUGUCAUUCCCUGCUGUGGAAACAGUUACUGUGAUGAAUGUAUAAGAACAGCACUCCUGGAGUCUGAUGAACAUACAUGCCCGACAUGUCAUCAAAAUGAUGUUUCACCCGAUGCUUUAAUCGCUAAUAAAUUCUUACGGCAGGCUGUUAAUAACUUCAAAAAUGAGACUGGAUAUACAAAAAGACUACGAAAACAGUUACCACCACCCCCACCACCAAUACCACCUCCAAGACCACUCAUUCAGCGGAACCUGCAACCACUGAUGAGAUCGCCAAUGUCAAGACAACAAGAUCCUCUAAUGAUACCAGUAACAUCCUCAUCAAACCACCCGGCUCCCUCUGUAUCUUCAUUAACUUCUAGCCAGUCUUCCUUGGCCCCUCCUGGGUCUGGAAACUCAUCUUCAACCCCAGCUCCGGUCCCUGACAUUACUGCAACUGUCUCCAUAUCUGUCCAUUCAGAAAAAUCAGACGGACCUUUUCGAGACAGCCAGAAAUUGAGACGAAGAGAGAGCGAGAGAGACACCUGCAGCCCUGCUUCACCACUCAUGAAGCUUUCCACCUGCAGGGAUUCUGACAACAAAAUGCUACCUGCUGCAGCCCUUGCAUCCGAACAUUCCAAGGGAGCCUCUUCAAUUGCAAUUUCUGCUCUUAUGGAAGAAAAGGGCUAUCAGGUGCCUGUACUUGGAACUCCAUCUUUGCUUGGACAGUCAUUAUUACAUGGGCAGUUGAUACCCACAACUGGGCCAGUAAGAAUCAGUGCUAGCCGUCCAGGUGGUGGCCGACCCGGUUGGGAACAUUCCAACAAGCUUGGCUAUAUAGUUUCUCCACCACAGCAAAUUAGAAGGGGAGAGAGGAGCUGCUACAGGAGUAUAAACCGUGGACGACACCACAGCGAACGAUCACAGAGAAGUCAAGGCCCGUCACUACCAGCAACACCUGUUUUUGUACCUGUUCCACCCCCUCCUCUGUACCCACCUCCUCCCCAUUCACUGCCUCUCCCUCCAGGGGUGCCUCCACCACAAUUUUCCCCUCAGUUUCCCCCUGGGCAGCCACCACCAGCUGGGUAUAGUGUCCCUCCUCCAGGGUUCCCUCCGACUCCAGCCAAUUUAUCAGCACCUUGGGUGUCAUCAGGAGCACAGACAGCUCAUUCAAAUGCCAUCCCAACAACGCAAGCACCACCUCUGUCCAGAGAAGAGUUCUAUAGAGAGCAGCGACGACUCAAAGAAGAGGAAAAGAAAAAGUCCAAGCUAGAUGAGUUUACAAAUGAUUUUGCUAAGGAAUUGAUGGAAUACAAAAAGAUUCAAAAGGAGCGUAGGCGCUCAUUUUCCAGGUCUAAGUCUCCUUAUAGUGGUUCGUCCUAUUCGCGAAGUUCAUAUUCUUAUUCUAAAUCAAGAUCUGGUUCAACACGCUCACGCUCUUAUUCCCGCUCGUUUAGCCGUUCGCAUUCACGGUCCUACUCGCGAUCGCCGCCGUACCCGAGGAGAGGCAGAGGCAAGAGUCGCAACUACCGCUCGAGGUCUAGAUCUCAUGGAUAUCAUCGGUCUAGGUCAAGGUCACCUCCAUACAGACGCUACCAUUCACGAUCAAGGUCCCCACAAGCAUUCAGGGGCCAGUCUCCCAGUAAACGAAAUGUGCCUCAAGGGGAAACGGAGCGUGAAUAUUUUAACAGAUACAGAGAAGUGCCACCCCCUUAUGACAUCAAAGCGUACUAUGGGAGGAGCGUUGACUUUAGAGACCCAUUUGAAAAAGAGCGUUACCGAGAAUGGGAGAGGAAAUACAGAGAAUGGUAUGAAAAAUACUACAAAGGCUAUGCUGCCGGAGCACAGCCUAGACCUUCAGCUAAUAGAGAGAACUUCUCUCCGGAGAGAUUUUUACCACUUAAUGUCAGGAAUUCUCCGUUCACAAGAGGCCGCAGAGAAGAUUAUUCCAGUGGACAGAGUCACAGAAGUCGGAACAUAGGUGGCAACUAUCCAGAAAAGCUUUCAACAAGAGACAGCCAUAACCAGAAAGACAAUACAAAGUCAAAAGAGAAGGAAAGUGACAAUGUUCCAGGAGACGGUAAAGGGAAUAAGCAUAAGAAACACAGAAAAAGAAGAAAAGGGGAAGAAAGUGAAAGUUUCCUGAAUCCAGAGUUACUGGAGCCCUCCAGAAAGUCACGAGAACAUACAGGCGGUGAUGAAAAUAAAGCAGACCCACUGUUUGUUCCUCCCAGCAGGGAUGAUGCCACACCUGUCAGAGACGAGCCAAUGGAUGCAGAGUCCAUCACUUUUAAAUCGGUUUCCGAAAAAGACAAGAGAGAGAAAGACAAGCCCAAAGCCAGAAGUGACAAGACCAAACGGAAAAGUGAUGGGUCUUCCACAUCCAAAAAGGACAGUGCUGUGAAACCUGCCAAAGGAGCCCAAGAGAAACUAGAUGGUGAGCGUGAAAAGUCCCCUCGAUCUGAACCUCCCCCUAAAAAAGCUAAAGAGGAGACUCCAAAGACCGACAAUGCUAAGUCGUCGUCUUCAUCUCAGAAGGAUGAGAAGGUCAUUGGGACCCCUCGCAAAGCUCACAGUAAGUCAACAAGAGAACACCAAGAGUCAAAACCAGUGAAAGAAGAGAAAGUGAAAAAGGACUACUCCAGAGAUAGCAAAUCUGAAAAGGCAAUAAGUAAGGAAGAGAAGACCAAGAAGCCCAGCGAGAAGAGUAAGCCACUUGACAGCAGGGGAGAAAAACGAAAAAGGAAAACUGAAGAAAAAGGUGCAGAGAAGGACUUGGACUCAUCGUCAACAAAACUGUUGAAGUUAGAGGCAGCUGAACUACUGAAACCAUCACCAAAGCGCAAAAUGGAACCUGACGUCGAGAAACUGGAUAGAACCCCUGAGAAAGAGAAAGCUUCAUCCACUGCCCCAGCCAAAAAAAUCAAACUUAACAGAGAGACUGGUAAAAAAAUUGGAAGUACAGAAAACGUAUCCAACACGAAAGAGCCCUCUGAAAAACUGGAGUCAACGUCUGGCAAAGUUAAACAAGAAAAAGUCAAAGGCAAGGUCAGGCGAAAGGUCACUGGAACUGAAGGAUCCAGCUCAACUCUCGUGGAUUACACCAGUACAAGCUCAACUGGAGGCAGUCCUGUGCGGAAAUCUGAAGAGAAAACAGACACUAAGCGAACUGUCAUUAAAACCCUGGAGGAGUAUAAUAAUGACAACACCACUCCCGCUGAAGAUGUUAUUAUUAUGAUUCAGGUUCCUCAGUCCAAAUGGGACAAAGAUGAUUUUGAAUCUGAAGAAGAAGAUGUUAAAGCUACACAGCCUGUCCCGAGUAUAGCAAAACCCGCCAGUGUCAUUAAAAGUGUCAGCAGCAAAACAGCAAACACGGCCAGGUACCCAGAGAAAGAAAGUGAGCCCUCAGAGAAGAUCCAGAAGCUCACCAAGGAAGUGGGCCAUGACACUGCACAGCAGGAAGUCAGAAGUUCCAAGAGCUCUGCGUCUAGUGAAAAGGGGAAAGCCGGGGCCAAAGACCGAGAUCAUUCAGUGCUAGAGAAGGGAAACCCCGACAAGAGGAAGAACAGCGCCCAGCCAGAGAGAGAGAGCACUGUGGACCGUUUGAGUGAACAAGGGAAUUACAAAGGUCUGUCUCAACCUUCCAAAGAGACGAGGACUUCAGAUAAGCAUGAUUCCACUCGGGGGUCUUCAAAUAAAGACAAGACUGAUUAUGACAACCGAGACUAUGUGAGCUCCAAACGUAGAGAUGAAAGGAGCGAAGUAACAAGAAGGAAAGAUUCUCCUUCUCGUAGUAAAGAUUCUGGACAGAAAACUAAAGCAAGGGAGGAGAGAGACUUGCCUAAAAAGGGAACAGGAGAUGCUAAGAAAAGUAACCCUAGCCCCUCGAGAGAGAAAAAGCCUCAUGAUCACAGCAAAGCAGCCACGUACGAUACCAAACACUCAAGUGAAGAGACAAAAUCUGUAGAUAAAAACUCUAAUAAGGACCGUGAGAAGCACUUGUUAGAGACGAGGAACAAUAAAGAGUCAAGUGGCAAUAAAUUGCCUCAUUUACCUAACCCACCAGACCCACAGAUGGAAAAAGAGCAAGUUACUGGGCAACCUGACAAAAACGCAACCAAGCCCAAACCCCAGUUAAGCCACUCUUCUCGACUUUCCUCAGACUUAACUAGAGAAACAGAUGAAGCUGCUUUUGAACCAGACUAUAACGAGAGUGACAGUGAAAGCAACGUAUCUGUAAAAGACGAAGACACUUCAGGAAAAGUUGCUAAGGAACUGAAAGAUAAAGUCAUGGAAAAAGCAAAAGAGGGCCUGGACACUGCAGCUGCCAGCCAGGUCGGCCUUACCAGGAGCCAGAGUCAAAGCAGCCCUAGUGUCAGUCCAAGUCGAAGUCACAGCCCUUCCGGAAGCCAGACUCGAAGUCACAGCAGCAGUGCCAGCUCUGCAGAAAGUCAGGACAGCAAGAAGAAGAAGAAAAAGAAGGAAAAGAAAAAGCACAAGAAACAUAAAAAACACAAGAAGCAUAAGAAACACGCAGGCACUGAAGUCGAAUUGGAAAAAAGCCAAAAACACAAACACAAGAAAAAGAAAUCAAAGAAAAACAAAGAGAAGGAGAAGGAGAAAGAUGACCAAAAAGUGAAAUCUGUCCCUGUGUAAAAGGACAGAUUCUAAACAUUGACUUAAUUACUAAGUCAUCUGUAUUAGAUUUUGUUAUAAUGUAAAGAGAUUCAAGCUUUGUAAAUAAUGAUAUGAAAGAUCCCCGUGCUGCACUUAAACUAUUGCUGCUUGAUUAUUUGAUUUUUACAUCAGAGCUUUAUAACACGAACUUUUGUACAGAAUUGUGAGUUGUGACCAUGUAACAUGAAAGGUUUUGCUAGGGCCUAUUAUUUUUAACCACCAUAAAUUAGUUGGGGUGGAGUUUACUGUACUGUGAAAUUUUCACAUUUAAAUUUUUUUUAAUUGCCUGGCAAAAGCUGAUAUCAGUUCUAAAAUAUCAGCAGAAUGAUUUGCUGAAUUCAUUACAACCCUGUUACGUCACUUUUUGAUUACAAUAAAAGUUUUCAGUAAACUUUUCAAA